AAACGCAAUUCCUCCUCGCACAGCAUUCCACUGUUCCCAAGCCCAGCAGACUACUGUACUUCAAUCCGCCUAUUCUUCGUGAUUCAGUCGUGCAUUUGACGAAAGCAACCUGUCUCAGAUGGCUCCGAUCUCCCCACGUGCUGCAUUGGCUAUUCUUCUAGCUCUCUCUCUUGGAGCGCUCCUCGCUCCGUCCGCCCACUCCGCUCGUCCUGGUCUCGGAGUUCGCGCCAAGAUUCUGGCAUCUCUCCAUGGCAGUCUCACCACACCGUGCGCGGCACUCAACGCUCGCAUUGGAGGCACUAGCAGCAUUGUAGGAGCCAACGUGGGUGGCACCGCUGACAUCAGCGUUCUCAGGAGGGGAGCAUCCGUUUAUCUCUCAUACAAGAUCACGGCCCAGGGCUUGACUCAGCGCCCAUCCUCAUCCCCUGCCAUCAUCACCCGCAGCCCCUGCUCUCCCUCCUCCUCCUCCUCCUCCGCCUCCGCCUCCUCCUCCGCCUCUUCCCCUCCUGCUGUUUCUGCAUCCUCCUCUCUCUCUGGCGAUGGCUCACUAAGCGCCUCCCUCUCGCCCACCACUGGUGCCACUGGCACUGGCUCCCUCUCCGCCUCCACCUCUCUCCUCAACUCCUCCCUCUCUGCAACCACAGGUGGUGGUGCUGGAGCCUCCCUCUCUCCCGACGGUUCCCUCUCAGGCGUGGGAGGUCUUGCCGCCUCCACCAACCUCCUCAACACCUCCGCAUCUGCUGCUGGCAGCGCUGACGCAUCCCUUCCCAGGGGCACUGCUUCUGGCUCUGGCUUUGUCUCUGGUUCUACUGCUCUCCUCAACACAUCUGCCGGCGUCGGAGCAGGAGUGGGCGUGUCUCUCCCCAACGGCACUCUUUCCGGCUCUGCUUCCCUCGGAGCCUCCUCCCCUCUCCUCAACACCUCAGCUGGCGCCGGCGCUGGCGUCAAUGCAGGCUCGGGAGGCGUCCAGGCCAACCUCGGAGGCUCGGCAAACCUUGAUCUCUCCCCGGCGGGGCUUGUUUCUGGGGUGGGUGGGGUUGUCUCUGGUGUGGGCGGGGCUGUGGGGAAUGUGGUCGGUUCGGCGGGGAAGGCUGCAGGCUCGGUGGUAGGCACAGUGGGUAAUGUCGCAGGCUCGUUGAUCGGCACUGUGGGGAAAGUGGCAGGCUCGGCUGCAGGCUCGGCAGGGAAAGUGGCAGGUUCGGUGCUUGGCUCGGUCCCCUCAGUCCUGUCUCCCCUGAUGGUGCUGCCUGGCACCUGGGUGACAGUCGCAGGUGGUGUCAAUGCUGGAAUCAACACUGCUGCUGGUGCUGCUGCUGGUGCUGCAGGUAGUGUGUAUGCGGUGGUGGGAGAGACACGCAUCUCUGCUGAUCUCGCCUCAUCUCUCCUCGCUCGCAUCUCCUCCCCCUCCUCCGCACCUCUCUCCCUCUUCCUCCACCUCACCGGUCAGCAGAACCUCAUCGCCUUUCUGGAGUAAUCUGGCAUUGCCAGCAGGGCAAUCUGGUGUGGGCGGUGCCUGUUGGGGAUCGGCGUGAGACAGGACCGCAAGCAAAGGAUGCCUUGAUGAUGUGCCUUGAGGGGGAAGCCUGAAUGAUGUGCUGCCGGUUGCAGGCUCGUUCGACUUGAUGGAAUGUGCCUUGCCUUGCCAUGAGAGGCGGGUGGCUGUUGUAAGGGUGGGUGAUUUUUGGAGGGGCGGAUGGCUGUUCAUGUCAGGUGGCUGCUGUAGGGGCAGCUUAUGUUAGCUGAGGUUGGUUUGGCAAGCAGGCACAUUCUAUCAAGUUGAAUGUAUUGUGGAAAAUUAGUUGGAGGGGAAGAAGUCAUUGCAGAUAAACCUUGCUUGAUCUU